CCAAAGAAUGUAGGAAAUCAAAAGAAAGAAAAAAAGAAGAAAAAAAAGAUAAUUUUCUUUGGGUCUCAGGAAGAUAAAGAAAUAUGGGCAUGUACAAGUUAGGCUUGAGGUAUGUAUUAAUGAUUUUACUAUUUUCUUUUUAAUUUAAAAGAGUUGUGAUUUAUUGAACUAUACACACCUUGUUGAGAUUUGGCCCAAGAAACAACUAAUUACUCAUUAUUCAUAUCUCUGGACUUGUAUCACACUGAAUAUUCUACGUCACGUCAAGUAAUACGUUUUUACUCCCAAAUAAGGUAAAAGGAAUUCAUUUCAAAAUAUUACACGGGUAUUAUUCCUGCAAUAUAUUUAUUAAUAAAUUUAAAACUGACAUUUCACCACAAUGUUCUUUGUGUACCACUGAGCCUGAAAGUUUUGUACAUCUAUUUUGUACUUGUAAAUGUCCUAAAAAGUUUUGAUAACAGGUUUCAAGGUUGAUUUUUGAUUCAUUUUACAAAAUAAUUAAUUUUGACAAAUGCAUGAUUCUUUUUUUGAAUGGUAAAACUGGCUAUGAUACACUCGACAAUGCUUUGAAGUUGAUUAUUUUUCUUGGGAUGUUUCACAGGGCAAAAGUAAUGUCUAUUACUCCCUCCUUCAAUUUUUAAAUUAAAUUUUAAUUAAUUGAUUUUCUGUAAAGAUUUUAAAAUAUUUUAUAAUCUUUGACCUCAAUUACAAGAAACAAGAUAGCUAUUAAAACCUCUCUAAUAAUGAAAAAAUUAUCUGUACAAUCUAAUAAUUUAAAUACGAUGGAUCCCCUCAUAUAUAUGUUACACUUUUUUGUUUAAAGUAUGUUCUGCAUCACUAAGGUUUGCAUUAUUGUUACAUAUGUUAUCAUAUAAUCCUAUAUGCUUGUCAGUUAUAUGCUUCAAUUUAAAAAAAUGUAAUAAUAAAUAAAUAAUAAAUAUUCUAAGUCACAUGUUCAGAAAUGUCUCUCCCGCACACUUGAUGGCGCCGAUUCACAAACCCACUCACUAUUCAGUCAGAAGAAGUAUGGUAGUCAAGAUGGACGCUGAGCUGUUGUUGUUUUUGGUUUCUGAGAACAAGGAACUGUUUGAUAAGAACCACAGCGAGUACAAAAACACGAAACGGAAAGAAGCGCUCUGGCAAGGAAUAGCAGACAAAAUGGGAGUCGACGUGGAAGAGGUGAAAGCUAAAUGGAAAAACCUCAGAGACACAUACACCAGGAAAAAGCGACUGGAGCAGGACGGCAGUCGUAGUGGACGAGCUGCUAAGAAAAAGAAGCAAUGGAAAUAUAUGCGAGUGAUGGACUUUCUCGACCCCGCCACAGAACACAGAAGUGGUAUUCUGGACAGCAAAAUCGAGGAUGACGAGCCAGAUGAAGACAGCGGGGCGGAACCAGCCAGCACUAGUACAGGGACGUCUGUGACCAGUCCAGAAGCGAUGAGAUCCAGCAUUGUAAAGCGGAGGAGAUCAGAGACACUUGAGCUGUUGGAGAAAUAUCUGGCAACUAAAGAUGCAAAGGACAGAGAGAAAGACGAACAACAGCAAGACGAAGUCGAUUUAUUCCUGCGGAGUUUAGCACCUGCAUUAAGACGCUUACCUGCUUCAAAACAAUCCUUGGUGAAGCUUCAAAUCCAAAAAAUACUUCAUGACGCAGAGUUCGGACAGCCCAGCUUUCCACAGAUAUCUUCAGUGUCGCCAAGUAAUCAGUUGUUACUACAGUGUAGUGUUGUAAAACCCAGUUGAAAUGCUUUUUUUUAUUCAGAAAAAUAAAUAUGACUUUAAAAGUUGA